AUGUUCUGCUGCGGUUCAAAAAAGAAGAAAUCGAAGUAGUUUUUUGGAAUUUUAGGAAGAGUGCCAAGCCAGAGGAGCCAUCCACGAAUUCCGAUACACAUUCUUUUAAGAAGGAAGAGGAAUCCCAAAAAGUGUAUGUUCCACCACCUCCCCCUACAAAACCAAUUGACUAAGUUUUUUAUUAAAAUUAAUUCAAAUUAGGAAAUGCUGAGGCAAAUAUAAAAUAUUAACGACUUGCGUAAUCGAGGCUUAUAUGAAAAAAGGUAUUUAAAUCCUAAGUUCUUAGUGUCGAAUGUGAGCACGAUUACAUUACUUAGUUGAUAAACAAGGAAAAUAUACAAUAGUAGUUUGCACUUGAAUUUAAAUGGGCAGUUAAUUACACAAACCAUCUUAAGGGAAAAAAAACUGAAAUUCAAUAAAUAAACAACAAAAACCUACUUGGACCCAAUAAAUAUAUAAGAAGUGGUUUACAAUAAGACAAAGACUAUGUGGUCUUAAAUGAAUAGGCUUGGAACUUCGUGAUGCAAAUGUAUGGUGGAGGUCCGGAAGUCAAGAUCAUGCCUCCUCAUAAACAAGAAUCUUAUGCCCAACCUUCAAGUCUUUCUAGUACUUACUCCAAGCCUCCAAUCCAACAACAAUCCAUGAGAUAAGCACAAACGAACUCAAGGUUCAUUCAAUAAAAACCAAUGACCUAAACUGUUUCAGUUAUAGCAACUCCGAAAUCAGUAGACAGACAAACAUCAUAGAUUAUAGAGCCCCCACAAAGAAAUGAUAGUGCUUAAAACUAUAGAAAAGGAUAUGAGGAAUAGAAAAGACCUUCCAUUUCCCAAGGCUAAUCACCAAUAGUUGGAUUGAGAAAUCCCAGAUAUUAUUGCUAUUUGAAUUCAGCCUUACAAGUUCUGUUGAGCAUUGACUCUCUUUCGGAGGGCAUUUUGGCUAUACAACCUAAAUAGGGCCAAAAGUACUUAGCUGCCUAUCAAGAAUUAUUAAGAACGGUAUGAUAUUUCGUUAAAAUUUAUUUAAUUAGAUAAAACGAUCAGGUUCUUUCUCAGCUAUUGCAGCUUAGAGUAUUUGGGAAAACUGUUCUGGAAAAUUCUAGUUUAAUUAGUAAUAAGAUAGUCAUGAAUUUCUAUUGUUCUUUUUGGGGAAAAUUCAAGAGGAGCUUGUUGGCAAAUACAAAAACAAGUAGGAGUUCAAUUCAGCUGAAUAAGCUUGGAGUGAUUAUACAUCCAAAAAUUAUGAUAUUGUUGAUACCAUUUUUGCAGGGCAAUCAACAAGUUAAUCCUUCUGCAAAUCUUGUAAUUAAGUUUGUGAGGGAUAUGAUCCUAUAUGGGAUUUGUCUUUGCCAAUCAGGUAAUAAUUGACAAUAUAAAUUUAGUAAAUCUUACACUGGGGUUGAUUUGAUGGACUGUCUAAAAUCGUAUUAUAGGGAGGAAGUCAUUAAUGACACUUGGAAAUGUGACAAGUGCAAAAAAGCAAAUAAAUCGGUUAAAAGAAGGAUGUUUAUUAGUUAGACUCCAAAAUACUUGAUUAUUUAAUUUAAAAGAUUCACUACAUUUCCAACAUCCCAAAAAAUUAAUGAUUCCAUUUCUUACCCUGAAAAGUUAGAUAUUUAAGAGUAAUAAUACCAUUAAAUUUAGAUUUUGCUCCAAGGGGCUACAAACUAAAUAUAAACUUAAAGCACUUAUAACUCAUAUGGGUUCUAUAAAUGGUGGACAUUAUAAGGCCUAUGCUGAGAGAUAUGAUAAUUGGUAUUUAUUUGAUGAUGAAACUGUAUCAAAGAUUAAUGGGAAAUAAUUAUCUGAUAGAUCAGCCUAUGUAUUGCUUUAUCAAAAAUAUUGAAAUCUAAUUCAUCUG